UAAAUAAGGAUAAAGUAUUAUAAAUUUAUUUUGCUCCAUCAAUAAAAUAACAAAACAGAAAGAAUAUUUUAGAUUCGCUUCAUAAAAGGAAAAUCGUUUUCAUAGUUGAAAUUUAAUUUAUUAGUUAAAAUAAAUAUACAAAUGAGUUAGUAUUUUAGAAACGCUGAUAUGUUUGGCGCAGAAGUUAAGAUUUAUUUUUAAAAGCUUUAGUAUCAUGGUACUUGUUGGGGUGUUUUAUUUACUACCGUGAUGUAUUUGGUAAUUACUUUUGCCACAGUUUACUAUGGUGAAGAUUUAGUGUAUAGAAAAUCGCCAUAGACAACAUAUAGUUAAGAAAAUGUUGUUCAUCCAGAAAGAUAUUAUCUUACACCAAAAACAUUUACAGCUGCAUUUGGUAUAGAAGACUCUGUUACUUGGAAUCAAAUAGUAGAUCCAACUAUAUACACAGUCACAGCUCUUAACAGAAAAAGAUUUAAAAAGUAUAAUACUACUUCUUAACAAUAUUAUUUUGAGGAGCACGUUCUAGAUUUAUAGCCUCGAAUUUGUGAUUAAAGCUAAUUUUAAGUGCCAAACACUCAGUCUUAUUUUGAAUCCUUGGCAGGGGUAUAAAAUAUGUAUUGCUUUUCUUUUUCUAAUACAACUGAUAGUAGUCCAGAUCAAGAAGACUUAAAUUCUCUCUAUAUAGAAGGAGAUUAUACGGCUGACGCUUUCGCUUAAAUAGAAAUAGGAUUUUAUGGUUGCAAAAAUAAAACUCUUAUAGAAAUAUAAUAGCUUCAAAGUUAGGGUCUUCCUGUUAUUACCUGCAAGCCUUAAUCAGAAAUCGACUUACACUUGCAAAACGCUUAUAUCGGAAUGUAUUUAACGACAUAAAAUUUUGAUCCAAAUAACUUCGAAUCACCUUUUUCAAACGCUGCUACAGACUUAUUUUGGCCUGUAUCAAAUAGUCUCUCUAAGUACCUUACUGUAAGCUAUAAGAACACUUACAUAAAUUCUAAUUAAGGAUUAUUAUUUGAUGACGUCGUAAUUGAGAAAGGAUUCUAAUUAGCUUCGGACAAAGAAUAGCUAAUACUUCCCGUAGAUAACUAAUUUGCCUAUCUUAAUAUUCGUUUCUAAAAGGGAUUAUAAGAUAGAAUUUUUAGAACAUAUAAGAGCAUAGGAGCAGUAAUAGCUUAAAUAGGUGGUAUUGCUACAUUUAUGAGAAUAUUAGGAUUUAUAGUUGCUUUUCCAAUUAGUAAGCUUUAGCUCAGAAAAAAUAUUAUAAAUGAGUUGUUUUCUUUCUCUGAAAAUGCAAAUGCAUCUAAUAAAUAGCAAAAUCCAAUGAAGCUAUAUUAAGAAUGCUAUUAAAUCUCAAAAAAAAAUGAAAGUCAAGCUUAUCCUAAUUCUUAAACGUACCUUAAAAAGAAGACAAGUGGGACUUUUAUUCAAUAAAAUUCUAAAUAUUAAUUUGUGGAAACUGUCUAAGCUGCAGACGAUUAACAAUAGAAAAAUAUCCAAUAGCCAGAUUAGAAUAAUGUUUCUCGAAAUAAAUUUAAAUUAGAAGAGCUACAGAAGACCAAUUAAAAAUACAUAAGUGAAAAUCUUAACUUGGAAUAAAAUAAAAAAGAAAUUUAACUUGAAAAUUUUUGUUAAUAGCUUGUCGAAAAUUAAAUCCAAAAUGACAAAACUGCUUUAAACUAAUAUAAAUAAAUUGAUACGCCAGCUACUUCUGAUAAUUAAAAAUCUCUGAUAAACAAGAAAUAUAAAAGCUCCAAUAAUCAUAGAUAGAGCUAAAAUAACCAAAGCGCUGAAAUAUUGAAUUAAAAAAUUGAUGAUAAUAUAAAAAAUUCUUAUUAUAAUAAAAGCAACUCUGGAAAGGACAAUCAUGAGAACUACGAUUAAUUAUUUAAUCAUGAUAAGAAGAAACAAAUGGAUUUAUCAUUUAGUGAUUCAGUUCUUUAUUAUCUAUUCCCUUGCCCCAAACGUAUAAAAGUAAAAAAAAAUAAAAUUGAUUUCUGUAAUUAAAUUAUCUCUGAAUAGUUUGAUGGUGUUUACAUUUUAAAAAAAUUAUUAGAACUAGAAAAAUUAAAAGCGAUAUUAUUAAGUGAGGAGUAAUUAAAACUUUUUGAAUACAUUCCAAAGCCUGUUAUUGACGAUUAGUCAGUAGCAGAUUACGCUUCACUCAAAUUUUAAAAGAGUCAAAAGUAAUUUUUAAACUCUAAUAACUUAGAAGAUACUAAAGGUGCUAAGGAUAUAUCAAAAAAUGUAUCGCCAUCUUAAACAAUCUAAAAUAAUUUGAGUUCUUAAAUUCAGUUUAAUUAGAACACAUUCAACAUAUUAAGAAUAUAACCUAAAACAGAUCAAGAGAAAUCUCUUGAAGCUCUGUAGGCAUUAAAAAAAAUAUUCUAGAAAGAUAAUCUAUCAAAAAAAGAUGUUAAGAUACUUCAAAUGAUAGAUCCAAAAUUCUAAUAGCCUAAUAAAAUUUUUAACUCCUCAAAUAACAACUCUGAUUACGAAGAUAAAAAAUGUGAUUUUUCCCCUAUCGCAGCAAUAACUAAUUAAAGAAUAAAUAAUCAAAAUGAGCUAAUUAAUUUAAAUGAAAUUAAAAAUAGUGCUGACGGAAUACAAAAUAGUGUGAUAUCAAACAAUAUUACAAAUUAAAUUAAUAAUUUUAAAAUCAAUAAAUUUAAUUAAGUGUAAAAGAGUAUAGGAAUUGUUCAGUAUCCUGAUGAAAGUGUAUUUCCUCUUGAAAUUAAUAGUUAAUAAAAUAGUUAUUCAGUCAAUAAUAAUGAUUAAUACUCAGAACAAAUCCAAGAAAAUUUUCUUUAAAAUAACAAAAUUGAUGCAUCUGCAGCAAAACUCUAUACCAUGAAUUUUUUGCUUCCUUUCUAGAGAUUUUCUACUUUAUCUCCCACUAAAAAACAGAAUUCCUUAGUAUAAAUUAAAGAAAACUCCUCCUCAAACUGA